UGCUGCCUCUCCUGUUACAGCUCGGCGAUCGAGUUACGGCGAAAAUGUUGCAGUAGCGCAGAAGAGAGAGAGAGAGUGUGUAAGAGAGAGAGAGAGAGAGAGAGACUGCAGCAUCACCGGAGACCGGAGGCAGCAGCAGUCCCGAGCAGUGCAGGUGAGAGGGAGGGGAAAAAAAGAGCUGGAGGAGGAGGAGUGAGCGAGUGAGAGAGAGAAUGCGGGACUCUUGGAAGAAAUACGCAUCUGCUCUCGGUCCACCACCGCUGCAUGUUUGCUUCCAUCUACCCAUCCAUCCCUAGGACGGAAUACUCUAAUAUAUGCCGAGUAACGGGGCAAUCCCACCAAAAUAGGGGGACACAACAGUUUUUCUUUUUCUUUUAUUUUGGUGCGGGAAAGCGAUUUGAAGAAACUCGCUCUCGUCCUCUUCUAACUUGCGUAAAGGAAUCUGAGUGCUUGGCACGUUGCUCCACUGCGGGAAACGCGGAGGGUUCAGAAGGUAAGAGAGAGAGAGAAAAAAAAAAGACUCAGCAGAAGCGUCUUUUUUUUCGCAAGCAAAGCUUUGUGAUAAUUUUUGAACGUCUGUUUUCACCCCGAACUGAUUGGUGUUUUUAUAAUAAUAAUAAUAAUAAUAAUCUUCUUUUUCUCGCUUCUUUUGUGUAGUGGUGCUGCAUUGCAGUUUCUAUCUGAAAAGCCUCUGUCCCGAGUGUGACUGGAAUCAAAAGAACUUCCAAAUGGGCAUUAUAAAUUGAUAAGAGCCUCUUCAGGAUAGCUCCUAUGGCUUAAAGGAGAAUGUAAAGAGUGAAGCGGAUUUAAUCACAGGUUGAUUAAUAGAAAGCAUGAUGGACUUUUUUUUUCUUUUUUUCUUUCUUUUUUUUACAUCCUUACGGCUUAAAGAAGGAAGUAAGAAUGCAGAAAUGUUUUUAUAGAAGUUGAAAACCCACUACUGAGUGUAGGAGGAGAGAAUUAAAAAAAAAGAAAAGGAAGAAAGGAUCUGCUGAAGUGAACUACACUGAAGCUUUUUCCCGGACCCCAGGCGGCAGUCCGCAGAGAGCGAUAGAGAAGGUAAGAAAGGAUAAAUCAGACACCCACGCUGUGAAGCUGCACCAGACCACAAAACACCAAUAAACUAAGAGAGGAGCCCACAGCUGGGGAGUGAGGAGGAAGGAAGCAAAAAGGAGCCAUGCCGAGCCUUGGUGCAGUGCACUCUGUGGUGUUGCUGCUGCAGCUGCUGACUCAGCUACCGGCUGCCGACUCAGCUCUCCGGUACCGGGUGGCGGAGGAGGGCCCGCCGGAUGUGAGGAUAGGCAGCGUGGCCGCCGACCUGGGUUUAACGGCGGGCACUGGCAGCGGAGACGUCACCUUUGCCCUGGAGAGUGGCGCAGAAUUCUUCAAGAUCGACAACGUGACAGGUGAGCUGACCACAGGCCCAAAGCGCAUAGACCGAGAGAAGCUCCCACAGUGCCAGAUGAUCUUCGAUGAGAAUGAGUGCUUCUUGGACUUUGAGGUGUCAGUCAUAGGACCGCUGCAGAGCUGGGUAGACCUCUUCGAAGGUCGAGUUGUCAUCACAGACAUCAAUGACAACACGCCUUCCUUCCCCUCACCUGUCCUGCAGCUCUCAGUCGAGGAGAAUCGCCCCAUUGGGACUCUGUACCUGCUUCCCACAGCCACAGACAGGGACUUUGGGCAGAAUGGCAUUGACCGCUAUGAACUUAUCCAAGAUAAUGGAGCUGGGUCAAGUUCAACGAGGCGCACAGCAGGAGGAAACCCCAUUACUAGAGUGGAUGGACUAGACCGCAGGGGCAGAAAUGGUGAUAGUGGAGGAGGAGCAAGGAGCAGUGUGUUUGAGCUGCAAGUAGCAGACAUACCAGAUGGUGAGAAGCAGCCUCAGCUCAUUGUGAAGGGCACAUUGGAUCGAGAGCAGAAGGACUCAUAUGAGCUUGUCCUCAAAGUUCGAGAUGGAGGGAACCCACCACGUUCCUCCCAAGCUCUGCUCCGGGUUUCUAUAACUGAUGUGAAUGACAACAGUCCACAAUUUGAGAGGUCCACGUAUGAAGCUGAGAUGACUGAAAAUGCUCCUCCAGGCACGCCUGUUCUCCAGGUCAGAGCCUCUGACUGGGACAUCGGGGUAAACGGGCAGGUGGAGUACGUCUUUGGAGCUGCUACGGAAAAUGUCAGGCGGCUCCUGCGGCUGGAUGAGGCAACUGGUUGGUUGAGCGUUCUUCACAGGAUUGACAGGGAAGAGGUGGCCCAGCUGAAGUUUACAGUGAUGGCCAGGGACCGGGGUCAGCCGCCACGGACCGAUCGCACCACAGUAGUUUUGGCCGUUCGGGAUGAAAAUGACAAUGUUCCAGUUGUGGAGAUCAGAAAGAUCGGACGGAUCCUUGUACGGGACGGGGCUGCGCUGGUGCCAGAGAACGUUCUGGUGGACACGCCUGUCGCUCUGGUUCAGGUGUCAGAUCGAGACCAGGGAGAGAACGGGGCAGUGACCUGCACUGUGGUAGGAGAUGUCCCAUUCACUCUGAAACCAGCAGGCGAGACACUACUCCCACCCCCACCUGCAGAUGAAGCCUUUGACAGAAACAAGAAAAAAUAUUUCUUACAUACUUCAGCCUUGCUGGACUAUGAGGCCACAAAAGAGUACAGUGUAACCAUUGUGGCAGUAGAUUCUGGCAGCCCCAGUCUAUCCAGUAACAGUUCCUUGAUGGUGCGGGUGGUAGACAUCAAUGAUCACGCUCCAGUCUUUGCCCAGAGCAAUGUGGAGGUCCACUUUGCUGAGAACAAUGGACCUGGUGAAAGGGUGGUCACUGUAGUAGCCACAGAUGCAGACAGUGGAAAAAAUGCUGAAAUUGCAUAUUCCUUGGAUCCUGCCUCUAACGGACCUUUUUACAUAGAUGUAGAUAAUGGAGAUAUCCGAGCUACAGGGAUUCUUGACCGUGAGCAAAGAGAGAGGUAUGAGUUGCGAGUAAUUGCAAAGGACAAAGGAACGCCCUCUCUGCAAGGCUCUGCAACCGUUGUUGUCCAAGUGACUGAUCGCAAUGACAACGCACCAAAGUUUGUUCAAGAAAUCUUCACGUUCUAUGUAAAGGAGAACCUGCUCGCCAACAGUCCAGUCGGCAUGGUUACAGUGACCGAUGCAGACGAAGGUGAGAACGCGGAGCUCAGCCUGUUCGUAGAGGUAGACGGGGCAGAUGGAAAGAUGGGGGACAAGGCGGAGGGAGAAGAUAGCAGGAAUGAGCGAGAAGAGUUAUUCUCCAUUGAGAACAACACCGGAACAAUCUUUUCUGCUGCAUCCUUUGAUCGUGAAAAGCUUUCCACAUACACCUUCCGUGUUCGGGCUGUGGAUGGAGGGGAACCCCGCAAAACUGCCACUGCCACAGUCUCGCUUUUUGUGACAGAUGAAAAUGACAAUGCGCCUUCGAUUACGUCUCCCGCCAAUGAGUCCUACACCCUCCUACCACCUGCCAGCAGUGCUCGCACCAUUGUCAGGACUGUAACGGCCAUAGACUCAGACACUGGACCAAACGCUGACCUUCGCUAUGCAUUAGUGGGGGGAAAUCCAUUCAGACUAUUUGAGAUUGGCCACACCAAUGGAGUUAUCACUCUAGCAGAGCCUCUGGAGCGGCGCCACAAAGGUCUUCAUCGCCUGGUUGUACGAGUCAACGACAGUGGCAUCCCUUCGCUUUGUGCCACCGCACUGGUUCACGUCUUCAUCAAUGAGAGCUUGGCAAAUGCCACCCUGGUGGAUGCACAGGUGGCCCGUAGCCUGAUGGCCCCACUGUCUUUAGACAUUGCCGGGGACCCAGACAGUGAACGUACAUUGGGAAAACAGCGCCUCAGCGUUGCCAUUGGGGUCCUAGCGGGAGCAGCGGCAGUUAUCUUGGUGAUUCUUCUUGUGGUCACAGCCAGGCAGUGUGGCACGCAGGGCAAGAAUGGCUACGAGGCCGGAAAGAAGGAGCCAGAGGAAGACUUCUUCAGUCCGACGGGGGCUCAACCGCAAGUCAGCCGAGGCAGUGGAUCCGACCGUGGUCGCAAACCGCGGCGAGAUAAACGUGGCGGAGGCGGCGGAGGCACAACUGGAGGUGGAGGGAAAUCGGACAGAUCUCUAUACAGCGGCAUCGUCACAGUCAACGGCCUGCGUCGUCACGUCAACGAUGAUGAUGAGGAGGAACUGAGCAGUGCUAGUGAGCGCCUAGCAGCCCGCUACUGCGCUGUGGAUGGUGAUCCUGGCAGCCCUCGAAUGGGCGGUGGGAGAAGACACCAGUCAAGCCCCGAUCUGGCUAGGCACUACAAGUCCAGCUCACCUCUCCCUGCAGUGAAUCUCCAGCCUCACUCGCCCCCGGCAGAGGGAAAGAAGCACCAGGCGGUCCAGGAGCUGCCUCCCUCCAACACCUUCGUGGGCAGCGGUGGGUGUGUGGGGAGUGCCGGCUCCAGUAGCAGCAGUACCGGAGGAAGUGGCAACGCAGAUGCCAUGUCCCUGGGAUCGGACCAGUGUUCAGAUUACAGCUGCCAGGCUGCAAACAAGUACAGCAAACAGGGGACCCUUCGCCGGGUGACCUUCUCGGUCGUGAGCCAACCUCAGGACGGUGGUUGCUAUGACAGUGGCCUGGAAGAUUCAGAGACACCAAGCAGCAAGAGCUCAUCAGGACCGCGGCUGGGAGCUCUGCCGCUUCCCGAAGAAGGCUACGAGCGCACAACGCCGGAGGGCAGCGUGGGGGAGGAGGAGCACGUAGAGAACGAUGCUAGACAGCUUCCAGACGUAGCACUAACUGGAAAGUGCACCAGGGAGUGCGACGAGUUCGGCCACUCUGACACAUGCUGGAUGCCUGUCCGCCCUUCGCCACGGCAAAGGCAGCGGCACGGUAGCGACCCUCCGCGCCUCUCUACCUUUGCUCCAGGUGACGACAACAACAAUCUCCAUGGCAACGACCGUGAAAGCGACAGCGAGAGUGCCGGCAGCGCAGGGAGCUCGGAGCCUGGAGUCGUGGUCGGAGGAGAAGGCCAGAGGUUACCCCUAGCCAACGGAGACCCCCUCGGCACCCUGGGCCGUGGAGACCGCAACAGAAACAUGGGCGACCACAACCGGAAUCUUCUCAACCGCAAAAUGACUUCCGCAUCCUACGACACGUUCAGCGGUGCGGGCCUUGGGAGGCGCCAGCCCGAGGAGGAGGCAGGCGAGGGCCAAAACCCACCUGAGGUCAUACCACUGGCGCGGACUGGGGGGGACUACAAGACGACGUCAUGCCUCACGUUGUCACGCCGGGAAGUCUAUCUGUAACAGCCUGUAGGUGGUGCAGUCCUCAUGAAACUCCUACAUUUGUGUGUUGGAAGAAAAAAAUAAAAGAGGUUCCAAGGUGCACUGACAAGUCGUCAGUGUGGUUGGUCUUUUCAGCCUUCGAAGAUGUGAAAAAUGACAAAUGGAUGCUUUCAAAAAGCUAAAAUCAAACUGUAACUUCAAGACUCGUACUAACAAUUAUCAGCACUUAAACUUAGGCAAGUGAUUGAUCAGGUCUCAGACUGGGAACUCUUUCCAAAAACACUUUUUUUUUAAUUUAUAUAUAACUGCUGAAAGCUACCUAACAGGCGAUGACUGUGUGUGUCUACGCGGAGGAAAACAAUCUUUUCUUCUGUUUUUUUUUUUUUGUUUUUGUUUUUUACUGAAUCCAAUGCAUGCCUGACCCUUCGACCGUAUAUGUAUUUAUGUGAAGAAGCCCAUAUGAACUCAGAUGCUCUAAAUGUCUGGUGCAUCUACACAAACUAAGGCUUCAUCAGGCCAGAAAUGGACUCGUCUGGUCUGACCCAGCUAAGAGACAACUGAAGUUUCCUCCUGUGGGGAAAAAAAUAGACAAGAAAAUGUGUUUUCACAAUGACUUGAUCUAAUUCAAAGUAAUCAAACUUUCCUAUGCUUUACAGUGCCUUGCAAAAAUGUUCAUACUCCUUGAUCUUUACUCCAUUCUGUUACAACUCCAUUCUUAUAUGUAUUUUAUUGGAUUUUGUUUGUGUGUGAUAAUCCAUUAUAAAGUAGCAGGUAAAUGUAAAGUAGAAGGAUUGAUAUACAAUUUUAAAAAUAUAAAUCUGAUCAAACCUUUUGGUCUACUUUAAAAAAAACACAGCAUCUUCCUGAACACACCAUUAUGGACGCAUCAUGCUGCGGGAUGCGUUUUUCAGCAGAAACAGAGAAACUGGCCGUAGCUGAUAAUAAUGGAUUGAGCUGAUAGAGGGGAAAUCCAGGAAGAAAACCUGAUGUAGGUUGUAAGAUACUUGAGUUUGGUGCUGAGGUUCACUUUCAAGUGUAAAACCACAAAUCUAAACAGUCAGAGUGGUUUUGACCAAACCGUAUUCCUAUGCAGUCUGGGAAAAACUGGAGUUUCAUUAUUGUUACCACGUCUGAAUAAAAAUGAUAAUUAAGUUCAGCUAAUUGAAGUUUCUCCAGAUGAAAAAGAAUGAAUUUGAACUUUUCCGUUCUUCUAAGUAAGAACUGAGGCCAGUCAAUGUCUAGACAUAAAUCCAGUAGAGAAUCUGCAAAAACGGCUUUUCACAUCAAUACCAGAACUCUCUGCCAAGAGUGAAUAACACGCAGAUGGACUAACGAGGUGACAUUUGACGUCAAUUGUUUGCACUAGAUUUUAUUUAAGGGCAUUAGAAUAAUGGUUUCUACAAAUGCAACAGUUUUAGAUGUUUGUAUGUAAAUCAUUUUGAAAGCCACGUAUUAUUCUACUUCUGAUUCACAUCUGUGCAUCAUUACUUUUGGUUGGCCUAUAACAUAAGAUCUUAAAAGAGAGCCCAUUGAGGUUUGAGGUUGUAACGUGAUAAAAUGUGCAAAGGUCCAAUGAGUAUGAAUAGGUUUGUAAUGCACUGUAGCUAAAUGUAUCAUAGCUGAGGUGUGGGGUGUUAACCAGCCCCCCCUUCUCCCCCCGAGAUUCUUACAGUGUGAACAGAAAAUCAGAGCAAGACUAGACUUUUUUUAUACAGCGAUCAAAUGUAACUACUCACAAUACAAGGUUGUCAUCGCGUGUUUCUAGUGCCAGAGUGUUCUGCCACGAGUGAAGACGUAUGUUUAUGAUUUUCCCCUCACUCCCCACUCUGUAUGUAUAUAUUGUAUGUGCGCAUUGGAUCAAGCAGCAGUGUUCUCUUUCUGCUGCUCUCCGUAGUUUCAGAGUAGACAUAGGUGCCAACUUCAUUUUGCAUCUACACAUACACACACAUAUUUAUAUAUGAAUAUAUAUACACAUGCAAGCAUGCAGUUGCAAACACAUAGCGUACACACAUUAGCAUGUACCCUCGAGCUCAUGCAGAGCGUUUGUAGAGCUCACGUAGGGUGAAGAGUUUUAAGGUAAAGUCUAUAAUAACCUGCAUUCACUUCCAUGCAGUAAAAUCAUGUAAGAGACACAAACGUACACAAAUCAAGUUCAUUCGAAAGAAACAAAACUGAGAUUUUUGCGAAACACUCGGUUCAUGUGUGUUUGUGCUUUCCUCCACGUCUUUUUUCUUUUUCUUAUGCAUUGCCUCAUCAAACUAGCUGUAGCGUUUUGCCUGCUCCUCUCCAGCCAGUAUUUAAACAUGAAACGUAUUUAAAUAAUUACCCAUCUCUCUCUUUCUCUGACUGAUCCGCAAGCCAAGAUUAAAGAGAAUACCAGUGGCAUCUACUCUUAAAGUAACGAUAGAAACCGUUGGAGUUAGAGAUAUUCCACAUAGUGUAAGUAGGACUCGUAAAAGAACCACGUCUCUGUAAUUCCUGUAAGGUAUAUUAAGGAAAGAAAAAGAAACUCUGCAUGACAGAAAAUGUAUUUUUUUUUCUCUUUCUUUUUUUUUAAGAUACAGCUUGUGCUUAUUAUUUUUUGGCAGCACGACUGUUUGGAUACAUCUGUACUAAAUGACUGCGCUUUACAAAGGGGGUAGUGGAGAUAAUGAUGGCGGACGGAGGAACUGGGCUGCAGUUGGGUCAAAUUGGUUGGGCCUUUUUCUCUCAGAGUUUUUCAGAGUUGAGAGGAAGGGUUGUGCCAGAGGGUGGAACGAGCAUGUCGUGCGGCGGGAGAGCGACGUUCUGACCUGAACACGCCCGUGCUGCUGUGCCGGUAACAGACUCCUUCAUGUCCCGGCCUGCCCGUCAUCUACUGCGGCAGCCUCUCCGACACACUCGGCUGCGUAGUACAGAGGAGUGGGUGUGGAUCGAGGCCAACGCUUCUUAAUUCCCAUCAUCGGAGCGUGUGUGUGUGUGUGCGUGUGAGCGCGUGUGUGUGUGCGUGUGUGUGUGUGGCUCCAUGGCGUGAUAGGGAUAAUAGGGUUAGGUCGUCCCUGUGGUCUUAAUGAGUUUCCUUUCUCCUCUCCUCUCCUCCCUCGAUCUACACUGAUCUCAUUAAUGUCUGAAUGGGCGAAUGUAACUCUGGUGGAAACUGCCAGUAAGUCUGUCUCCUAUGUUUUUCUUGUUUUUUUUUGUUUUGUUUUUUUUUUUUUUUUUUUUUUUUUUUUUAUCUGGUUGUUUUGGAUCAGACUAGACAAAGAGACAAGAUUU